UUGUUAAAGAAAAGCAGGGAAAUUCUCUCCAUUUUACAGAUAAGUGGGGUCAUGCAACCACUCCAGAGUCACACAAAUUACCCCUAGAGAAUGGGCAAUUGGGCCCUCUUCCUCCUCUUCAUAUUCAGUAGACGGGGGAUGUUUUGCCUGUAGUGCAAGGGUGAUAUGGAGACCAUUUUCUAUGUGCCCAAAAGUGAUAUAUUGACAAAGCACAACUGGGAUUUAGAAAGUUAUAUUAAUCUCUAUUUUGUGUGACCUUGCACAAGUUACUGCUCUUGAGAAAAUCUGAAAAAAAAAAAGUUGAAUUAUAAGCUCCCUAAAUUUCACCUUUUCUCAAAGGCUUUGGUUCUCAUCAUAAUUCAAGAGGCAAAAAGAUUUAAAAAGCAGAGGAUCACCUAUUGUGAUAAAUUGGCUGGUGGUGGGUCCCAUCAGUGCAAAUAACCAUAGACUAGGGCUGGCAUCAUGGAGGGAACUGACUUUGUCUGUGCCCACAGCCAGUCAUGACCACCGUCAUUCUGGAAGUAGAUAAUGGUACAGUGACAACACAUUUCGUUCUUCUGGGGUUUCCAACACGACCAGCCUUCCAGCUUCUUCUUUUCUCCGUUUUCCUGGCAACCUACCUGCUGACACUGCUGGAGAAUCUUCUUAUCAUCUUAGCUGUCCACAGUGAUGGGCAGCUGCAUAAGCCCAUGUACUUCUUCCUGAGCCACCUCUCCUUCCUGGAAAUGUGGUAUGUCACAGUCAUCAGCCCCAAGAUGCUUGUUGACUUCCUCAGCCAUGACAAAAGUAUUUCCUUCAAUGGCUGCAUGACUCAACUGUACUUUUUUGUGACCUUCAUCUGCACUGAGUACAUCCUUCUUGCUGUCAUGGCCUUUGACCGCUAUGUGGCCAUUUGCAAUCCACUACGCUACCCAGUCAUCAUGACCAACCAGCUCUGUGGCACACUGGCUGGAGGAUGCUGGUUCUGUGGACUCAUGACUGCCAUGAUUAAGAUGGUUUUUAUAGCACAACUUUACUACUGUGGCACACCUCAGAUCAAUCACUACUUUUGUGAUAUCUCUCCACUGCUCAACGUCUCCUGUGAGGACUCCUCACAGGCUGAGCUGGUGGACUUCUUCUUGGCCCUCAUGGUCAUCGCUAUUCCUCUUUGUGUUGUGGUGGCAUCCUAUGCUGCUAUCCUUGCCACCAUCCUCAGGAUCCCUUCUGCUCAGGGCCGCCAAAAGGCAUUCUCCACCUGUGCCUCCCACCUGACCAUUGUAAUUCUCUUCUAUUCCACAACGCUUUUCACCUACGCCCGUCCCAAACUCAUGUAUGCCUACAAUUCCAACAAAGUGGUAUCUGUUCUCUACACUGUCAUUGUUCCACUCCUCAACCCCAUCAUUUACUGUCUGAGGAACCGUGAAGUAAAGGCAGCCCUCAGAAAGACCAUAUGUUGCAGAGGAAGUGGGCCCCAGGAAAAUGGGGCUUGCAGUAGUUGAAAAAUGUAUAGAUUCCUUUCAGGCUUGAACUGAGAGAUGACCACUACACACUUUCCCCCUCAGUCUUGUCUUUGGUUAUCCUUCAAUCUCCAGCACUGUAACAUUGCUCGUGUGUGUGUGGGGGGGGGGGGUGUACACACAAUCAUGACUAGAGAAACAUGUUCUCAAGAACCUCUGCUGUCAGAUUGAGAGACAAGUUUUUAAAUUGUAGAGAAGCUACUUGAAAUCAGGAAGAAAGAGAGAGAGAGAGGCUGGUAAAGGGAGGCAGGAAAGGAGGAAGAUAAAUACUUUUUCCAUACAGCUUAUCAAAAUAAAUGCCAGAUAGGACAAUUAAAUAUAAAGAAUAGUUCGUCUCUCAGGUGGUCAGAAAAGAGUUUUUUGACUCCCUAUAUUGUAGAAGUAAAAGAAAAAGAUAAACAUAAAUUAAUGCCUGUUAGGCACUGUGGCACAUACCUGUAGUCCCAGCUACAUAAGAGACUAAGUCAGGAGGAUCCCUUGAGUCCAGGAGCCUGGGCCCAGCCUGGUCAACAUAGGGAGACCCCAUCUACUUCCCUCCAAAUAACAUAAAUGACUAAUUUGUUAAGGCUUUUAAAAACAAAAGAUUAAGUUUAUACCAAAUAACAAAGUGAAAACUAUUUCUAAUUUUUAAUAUUAAUAAUAACCUAUACUAACAUUAAAUACUAAAAAAACUUUAAAAUAAGCAUAUAAAAAUUAAACUCUCAGUGGAAAAACAAGUUAAGAAUAUAAACAUAAUCUUAAAAGUAGGCAGUCGUUCUGGGCAAAAUUAGGUCCCACUCCUCCCUGCCUCCAAAAGAAGUAUGUUGUCCUGAUCCCCAGUCUCUCAGAAUGUGAACUUAUUUGGAAGUAGGAUUCUUAUUGGAGGUAAUUGAGCUGGAACUUGGCUGUUAGGGUGGGACCUAAUAUGGUAUGACUGGUGUCAUUAUAAAAAGGAAAAGUUUGAGGCCGGGCACAGUGGCUCAAGCCUGUAAUCCCAGCACUUUGGGAGGCUGAGGCGGGUGGAUCACAAGGUCAAGAGAUCGAUACCAUCCUGGUCAGCAUGGUGGAACCCCGUCUCUACUAAGAAUACAAAAGAUCAGCUGGGCAUGGUGGCCCGUGCCUAUGAUCCCAGCUGCUUGGGAAGCUGAGGCAGGAGAAUUGCGGUGAGCCGAGAUCACGCCAUUGCACUCCAGCCUGGGUAACAAGAGCGAAACUCCGUCUCAAAAAAAAAAAAAAGAAAAAGUUUGGGCACAGACACACACAGAGGAAAGACAGUGUGCACACACACAGGGCAGAAAGCAACCAUGUUACUGCAGCAAUGCGUCUCUAAGCCAAGGAAGAAGUAUUGCUGGUGAACACUGGAAGCCAGAAGAAGCAAGGAAGGAUGUUACCCUAGAACUGAGAGAGAAAGAGUAUGGCCCUGUCAAGAACUUGAUUUCUGAUGCCUAACCUGAAAAAUACUGAGGCAGUAUUUGGUACUUUGUAAUGACAGCCCUAGGAAAUGAAUACAGGAGCCAAUAAACCUCAGUAAUUUUUAAAAAGAUACUUUAAAUUGACAAAUGGGAUAUAAUUAUAAACUGAAAACCUUCUGCACAGCAAAAGAAACUGUAAUGGAGUAAACAACCUACAGAAUGGAAAAAAUUUUUGGCAAACCAUACAUCUGACAAAGGUCUAAUAUUCAGCAUCUAUGAGGAACUUAAACAAAUUUACCAGAAAAAAAAAAACAACUCCAUUAAAAAGUGGGCAAAGGAUGUGAACAGACACUUUUCAAAAGAAAACAUACAUGCGGCCAGCAAUCAUAUGAAAAAAAAAGCUCAAUAUUACUGAUCAUUAGAGAAAUGCAAAUCAAAAUCACAAUGAGUGGUUUGAAUAAUAGCCAUUGCAACUGGUGUGAAGUGAUAUCUCAUUGUGUUACCAUCUAACGCCAGUCAGAAUGGCUAUUACUAAAAAAAAAAAAAAAAAA